ACUGGCAGGUCCGGCCUGGGCCCGAACAGGAAGGAGGGGCACAGAGUGCCCAGGUAACCGCUCCUGGGAGCAGUGGGGAACCGUCGGUUGCUUGAACUCUCGAGAGCUGGGCUCUGAGCGUCCUCCUCCAGCCGCCAACUCGGCCAAAGGCUAAGCCAGCAGUUUCUUCUGUUGCCGGGCAAUGCGCCUUUUAAACCUGAGGGAGUGGGCGCGUGAGCACUUAAUGGCGCCCGUGACAGAGCGAGCUUAACGGAUUAAUAAGCGCAGCCAGUGCCAGGCAUGCAGUGCAAACUCUAGAAAUAUUUUUUGCAUGAAGGAAUGAGUGAUUGAAUGCAGCAAGGGUCUGGAGGCUGAGGACCAGGCAGACAGACAUUCAGAGUUGCUGGAACGCGACAGAGACAGGGAGUCAGACUGGUCAUGCAAGGCCAGCUCUGGGGUCUCGGCAGGUGGUCCGCAACAUGACCUCCGAGUUCUUCUCUGCCCAGCUCCGGGCCCAGAUCUCUGACGACACCACUCACCCGAUCUCCUACUACAAGCCCGAGUUCUAUAUGCCGGAUGACGGGGGCACUGCUCACCUGUCUGUCGUCGCAGAGGACGGCAGUGCUGUGUCCGCCACCAGCACCAUCAACCUCUACUUUGGCUCCAAGGUGCGCUCCCCGGUCAGCGGGAUCCUGCUCAAUAAUGAAAUGGAUGACUUCAGCUCUACCAGCAUCACCAAUGAGUUUGGGGUACCCCCCUCACCUGCCAAUUUCAUCCAGCCAGGGAAGCAGCCGCUCUCGUCCAUGUGCCCGACGAUCAUGGUGGGCCAGGACGGCCAGGUCCGGAUGGUGGUGGGAGCUGCUGGGGGCACGCAGACCACCAUGGCCACUGCACUGGCCAUCAUCUACAACCUCUGGUUCGGCUAUGACGUGAAGUGGGCCGUGGAGGAGCCCCGGCUGCACAACCAGCUUCUGCCCAACGUCACGACAGUGGAGAGAAACAUUGACCAGGAAGUGACUGCAGCCCUGGAGACCCGGCACCAUCACACCCAGAUCGUGUCCACCUUCAUCGCUGUGGUGCAAGCCAUUGUCCGCAUGGCUGGUGGCUGGGCAGCUGCCUCGGACUCCAGGAAAGGCGGGGAACCUGCUGGCUACUGAUUGCUCCAGGCGGACAAGGCUGACAAGCAAUCCAGGGACAAAAUACUCACCAGGAUGAGGAAGAGGACUUUGGGGGACGGGCUUCUCCUGUGAGCAGCAGAGCAGCACAAUAAAUGAGGCCACUGUGCCAGGCUCCAGGUGGCCUCCCUGGUCUGUCUC